GUGUAGGCAAUUUUUGGAACAUAAGUUUAGACCUGAGAAGGCCACCAUAAUGAACACAUAUGUUGUGAUGAAAUCUGGUAUGAAAAACCUCGAUGAAAAUGGCAAUAGUGGUGCAAUCAGCAGCCAGAAAGCACAAAAACGCCUUGAUGAUUAUUCUACUGGUAUGAAGGAAGCAUAUCCAGAGAAUUGGCAGGACAUAGAAUUGGAUGAAAGGGUCUUGUACAACACAUCAGGUGGCAUGCCUCAUGGCCGUGUAGCGAUUGCAUCCGGUGCUGUGAAGAAAGCUGAUGUUCUUUCCGCUGCUAGGGCAACAAAUCUGAAGCCAUCUAUUUCCAUUGCUUACCGGAAUGCUAUCCAAGAGAAUGAGCAAUUACGUCAUGCAAAUGAGAGUCUAGAAAAGAAAACAGAAAUGCACGACCAAUUGUUCAAGGUAAAUACCGAUUCAUCUCAUGUUAGCUCAGAGGAUGGCCCUAUCGACCAUGACGUCGUCCAUGGCAAUAUUGAAGGCGACAAUGAUGAGGGGAACAUUGGUGUCAACGAUAACAAUUGUGGCUUCGAUCUUGAUGUGUGA